UAGAUUUCAGGGAAGUUUAAAGGUAUUUUCUGUAAAACCCAAACUGAAACGCACGUCCGACAAACAUAUCCUGCGAGCUAAAGCACAGGGGGCCCACACAAUCUGUUUGUGUAGCCCAUUGUUAUUUUAUAGUAACUGUACUGGAUUUACCGUUUGCUUCACCUAUAGCGAUAUAUCGCUAACUAUGUAUAUAAAUCAAUGAUAAAUAAACGUUGAAUUACCUUGCCUGUGGUCUAUAGUCGUCCUUUUGCCUCAAAAGCGGUUUUUUGAGCGAUUUUGAAUGAAUUUGAGUUCGCCGUUGACUGUUCCAUAUAAUAGAAGGACUUCUAUUAUAUGGAACAGUCAACGGAGAACUCAAAUUCAUUCAAAAUCGCUCAAAAAAUGCAAUGGUAUUUGAGAUACAGUUGAUCCUCCAUGUGCGACCACCUCUCCUAAGCGACCCAUAAGUCGACAUAGAGCUACACAUAUCGUAACUUUGAAAUUGUUUUUCAAAGAGACAACCUACUCUGAUCUGAAGGUUCUUAAACAAGACGAUGAAACCAUUGAAGGUGCAAUGUUUGUGUGCAAAAGCUCAACACUGUCAUGUCAUUUUGGAAAAAAGCCUAAAAUCAUAUUUGUUAAAACAUAAAAACAACAAACAAACAAGAACCAAAAAAAAUGGAUGCAUUCACCUUAGCUACCAGAUGUAAACCAUCAGGUAGAUUUAAUAUUAGUUAUUCUAACGCUUUACGUAACUUACAAUUCUCAUGCAGAUAUCAACGAGUGUUCUACCAACUCUCACAGCUGUGACGUUAAUGCGGUUUGCAGUAAUACUGUUGGAUCGUACGCAUGCGCAUGUAAAGCAGGAUUCACAGGCGAUGGAAAAACAUGCUCUGGUAAGCUGUUGCGGUGUUGUAAAAAAACGCUUCCAAACGAUGUGCGUGCCUGUGUUUUCUAUAUUCCAUCUUUACAUUUCAACAUGUAGAAAACGAUGGACAUAUAACCUCAAUAGUUCGAAAUAAUAAUUAAAGCGAAACUAGAAAUACGUAUCUCGCGAAAUUUCACUAAACUCGUUCUUUCACAAUUGUCAAGCCCAGCCGGUUAGAAACUGAUUAGGUGACAAGGGUCUAAUCUGUCGUAAGACCUAGGACUCCUUUCUCUUCUGUUUUCUUUUUGUCUAAUUGUCCUAUUUGAUUUUUAAAUGCCUUGAAUCAAACCCUUAUGAGUUUCUGGUGUAAUGUAAUGUUUUUUCCCUUCGUUUCUAUGUAAAAAAGGCAAAAAAAAAAUCGAUUACCUAUUGUACUUAAACAGGAUUAACGCAUAGAGAGAAUGAGAGUAAAUGACCUUGUUGACCAAGAGUUUGCUGCAUCACUAAACAAGAAGCCUUCCUCACUUUUUUUUCCAGAUAUCGACGAGUGCUCUACCAACUCUCACAGCUGUGACGUUAAUGCCGUGUGUAGUAAUACUGUUGGAUCUUACGCAUGCCCAUGUAAAGCAGGAUUCACAGGAGAUGGAUUCACAUGCACUGGUGAGCCGUUUGAGUACAAUUUUGUUUGUUAGAUAUGUUUGUUUUUUGAGUGAACCGACAGCAACGACAGCAAUGCAACAGUCUUUUGUGCUCUUCUCGCCUUUUACAGUUAAAGUUUUGUUUAGGCUGGAAUUUAUACUAAUUUUAGUAUUGACUAUUUAGUAAACAAAAACAAAAGCGGAGCCAAGCGGCCAGUUUAUAUGACAAGUGCAACGAUGGCGACUGUUCAACCCUGCGAUUAUUAUUUUUUUUUUUUUGGCCAAAAAGUCACUUGGUUCGAUACCUUAACCGUAAAACAAUGAGAAAUAAUGAUAAACAAUCAUGUGUUAUUGUUUCUGCGACCAAUGAGGAAACACCUUACGAGCAGCUCUUUCAUUACUGUUUUUUUUUUUUUUUUGGGCAUCACGCUUAAGAUAAUUCAUUUCCUUUUUCUCGUUCUGUUUUCUUUUAGCAAUGAAAACCGUUCUGAUUAUACAUUUUGGCAUUUUUCGUUUUGUAGAUAUUGACGAGUGCUCCAGCGGUACUCAUAACUGCCACAGUUCACUUGCUUCAUGUACAAACACAGUGGGAUCUUUUAGUUGUUCAUGCGACAAUCCUUACACUGGAAAUGGCAGAUCGUGCAAUCUAGCAUCAGGUAAUCAACUCGCCGAAUAUUAGGAAGAUGUCCGUUUACUAAACCUCUAAUAAUUAUGCCGGCAUAGGGAACGUCGUUACAUCCGGUAGGAUUGUCCUAAUACUCAUUUCGUACCUAAGUGACUAAACCAGCCUUCAACAAAUGUUUGAGCUUCUCACUCUUCUCACUCGUUCAAUAAUUGUUGAAUAUAUGAACUGAUUAUGACUAAAUAAGGUUAUCUCAAUAUAAGCUUCAAUAGAAGACGAACACUUUGAACUUGUCUCCGCCAUGUUAAGGCGGGGAACAAAAAAAUCAUUAUAUCGAUCACGAUAUGUGCACUAUUACUUUUAAUCAGGCGAGUUUAUUUCCUUAAUUUUGCCGAUUAACUGCGAAGCGGUUAACUUACCGUCGAGAACUAACUGUUACCUAAGUUCUACAACUUUAAGUUGAACAGAGGAAGACUUAAGUUAGUGGUCUUAGUUAUUUGGCGAUAGGGUAAACAUAUCUUUUUUGUCGACUGGAGAUAUAAACUGCAUGCAUUCGGAGAUAGACCCAAAGCAAGAGACAGAGAAUGUUCCACUAAAUCCUAAUUCGCUAGUAUCUUUUUCCCCUUUUUUUAGUAUAUUGUGUCUUAUAUUUUGUUUUUAUUCAUUCACGGUGACCUUUGAAAGAAAUUCAGUUUGCUGCAUCCGCUUUCCUUUCCCUUACAGUGUAUUUUGUUUCGCUCUUCUUUUACUUUAUUCUUAUUUAUUAAUUCUGUGCAAAUUUGUUUUACGACAUUUUACCCAGAACGCCAAACGAAGAUAAACACGACUUCAAUCAGUAAUAUAUUCGUACCGUGCGCAACAUUACAUUGGGGGAGCUUAAGCAUUGAAGACCGCCAUAGUAAUAAAUUUAGAUUAGCAACUUUGCACGUUUAUCAUGCUUUACUGAAUAAGGUGAAACUUCAUUGAAAAACUUAUCAAUAUUUAGUAGGCGUAUCGUCCAAUGGACUUUACGAAUUUAAACACUUGGGGCGGGGAGGGAGGGGGAUUAAUUCGGUCUGAGGGAAAAUACGAGUUAGAAUGGCUGAAACAAUUUAAUGCAGAUAAGGAUGAACGUUUUAUAUAAAUAGUAAUGCAAAUGAACUGUUAUGUAAUACGGUCAUCCUAAUUUGCAGCAAAAUGAAAAGUCAAAACGUACUUGAACAAAAACAAUCGAAGUCCAAAAAAAUUCACUCUAAAACAAACAACAACAAGAACUUUUGCCCGAAAAAGAAAAACCUUAUUCAUAAAAAAAAAAGAAAAGCGUCAAUGUGAUGAAAUGAAGCAAUUUUAGUGCAUAAAACUAGAAAUACGGUUUCGCAAAAAUCUCGCGAAGCUAACGGGGUCAGCAGUGAGAAUAAACAGUAAAAAGCCAAAGGGUAAAAAACGAUGAAAGAAAAAAAAAAUUGAAGUAGACACGCCGGGCUUGGAACCCAGUUGCACCCCAACUUCCUCCAGCGAAAAGGUGCGGCCUCUACUCAUCAUAAUUAAUAGUGUUGAAGUAUUUUCCUCUGCCAUUCACACUGUUUGAACCUUAUGGAGCGGUAUUUAUCAUGAAUUCAAAGAUACAUAUGAGGAAAAAUAGCUCAAACGAGUAUUUCAAAACCAUUUCGCAUUAUUUCCGUGUUUAUUCACUCUCGGGCUUUAAAGAAGCCGCUCGAUUAACGGAGUGGUCUUCUUCUUCGCUGCUCUCGCUGGAGUUCAGGUCACCGUUCUUUCGGUGUUAAACCUUCUACGGCAAGGACUUCCACUUGUCCAAUUGGGCACUGUUGUGUUUUCAGCCCGCUGUUAUUUGCCUCAGAAAUACUUUGCGAUUCGCCAGCGUACAAUAAACAGAGGAUAAAUAAAAAGUCGCUGGCCGUGUUGCCUGGAAACCCAAAAUGCACGAUGACGUGCAUUUGGCGUCUUUAUUAUUUGUUCAUGGCUUGUUGCUAGGCAACUGCGGAUACCAAACCGACAGAAAGAUUUAUGACCAAAGAGAAAUCGCAGCUCGCUUGCGAUCCUCGCGUAAUCCGCGUAAUCCGCGUAAUUAUACACUCGCUCCGCGAGAAUUAAUAUUUACCCUACUAUUUCCCUACUUCAUCGCAUCUAGCAGAGAUCACUCAUCCAUUUGCAAUGGCAGAUCGAGGCAGCUAAAGAAUACCUACAGAUAUAUUUGUCUCCCUUUCCCAUGUUAUUGCUUAACCUCGGUCUGUAUAUCUAGCAGUGUGUGAAAGCCAGUAACCAAUCCUCAAUAGUACUCGUAUGUAGACAAUUAUCGCCACAGUGGGGCAGGUGUUGGGGAUCUUACAGGACGUGAAAAUUACCCACUUUGAGCCUGUUUAUGUACAGUAGAUAAAACGUUUGGAAACAAUAAAUUACAAAAAAAUAUCAAAAUAUUCAAUGAUUUUCUAACUUUGUAAAAGUUAAAUCAUUAUUUUUUUAUGUAUCAGAAUGUCAGAAUUACGGAAGCCUUUACAGUUAUACCAGAAAGAUUACGGACUCCAGUGGCGGUCAUUGUGACAAUGGAAUCGUACCUGGCUGGUUUCGUUUUGAGGGGUCAGCCGGCACAAGAAUGCCAACUUCAUGUCCACCUAGAUACAGAUGCGGCACUCAAUCCACCGGCUGGAUGAAUGGUGGACACCCCACCGUCGCAGACGGUCAGGUCAGCAGGACGGUGUGUUUCCACUGGGCUGCAGGCUGCUGUCAAUGGUCAACAAACAUCAAAGUGAGAAAUUGUGGUUCAUAUUAUGUGUACUAUCUUAGUGGUACACCUUUUUGUGAUCUCCGUUAUUGUGGCACUAACUGAAGACAAGGUGCAAGUAAAGUAAUACAUAAUGCUAUCAAAAAACGGAAAAAAGGACUUCAGUAUUUGAAUUUCUAUUAUAACUUAAGCAAACGGAGAAGAAAAAACUAUAUAGCACUUUAAUAUAGCUCAACGUACUACUCGAGUUAACUAGCAAGAACAGUUUUCUUUAAACUUAAAAAGAGGAUAUCAAAUUUUGUUUUAAGUUGUUUUGAAGAUCAAGUAAGAAAUACAAUUAUAGUAAUAGAACUUACCAGGAAGACAAACUAGGUACUAAAAUAACACAUUUAAUUAGCAAUAAAAGUUUCUAUGUCAUUAGUCAAGGUAAUCACAAAUAUACACUGUGUCCAAGAACGCCAUGUAGUUGUUAAAUAAACUGCGAGGGACAGAUGUGUUACUAGUUAGGACAAGAUGUUCCGGGAAGUGCGGGAUAUAUAUGAAUCUGCUUAUUUGUUUUAAUGUUGGUGGGUAUAGGGAUGCACUCUGUAAAAUCGGAAACGAAAUGCAUAGCGACUAUAGGUAUACAGUCACUCUCGUCUUGCACGCACAUCGGCAGUACGAACAGCAGCUAAAUUCCCUUUCUACUGCAGACUCUUGCUUGCUAAUAACAAGGACACUAGCCCCGCGGUCCGCGGUCCCGCGAUUAGGAUUAGAGUUUUUUUGAGAAAUAAACG